UAUAUAUAUAUAUAUAUACCUUCUCUUCUCACGUGUAGUUCUUGCAUUUCAGACCCAACCAACAAAGGAGAUUCUCAAUUUCGUCUUCGCUGCAACACCGAUGGAACAGAACACCAUUUGGAAACUUCAAUCCUACUGGCACUCCCCGACUCGCUUGCUCAGCAGUCCCGUCCAGUACGAAUUUCCGGGAGAUCGGUUUAUACCGAAUAGGAGUUUGAUGGAUCUUGAUCAAGCCCACAGUUUAUUGAGUAGCAAAGCCAAAGAAUCCAGCCCUUCCAGGUUCAAUGAUGAAUAUCGACGAAAGGUGGAGGAGAAUCUGACCUUGGAUUCUGAAGGAAGACCAUUUAGGAUGCUGGUUUUCAGGGGAAGCCCCAAAUCAAGUAGAAAAUCAGUUCGUCUUAUUGAUGAGAUGCGGCGUAGUGACGAGGAAAAUUUAAAUUAUAGAAUUAACAAGCAGCAAUUUAGGCACUUCCCCAAGAAAGAGACUUGGAUCCUGGAUGCACCAAAUCUGAAGGAUGAUUACUAUUUGAAUAUCAUGGAUUGGGGGAAAACCAAUAUUAUUGCAGUUGCUUUGGGCACAGAUAUAUUUCUGUGGAAUGCUGAGAACAGACACAUUCACAAGUUGCCACAAGUAAACUGCGAGAACGAUUACCCUACUAGUGUAGCCUGGUCUGAGGAUGCCAAAAUGGUAGCAGUAGGACAUAUGUGCUCCAAAGUUCAGCUAUGGGAUGCUGAGACUUCCAAACUAGUUAGAAGCUUAGAAGGUCAUCAGAAAAGGGUAGGAAGCAUUGCAUGGAAUGACCAUCUCCUAACAUCAGGAAGCCUAGACAAAGCUAUUAUUAAUCAUGAUGUAAGAGUGGGAAACAGUCCGACUACCUAUGUCCAAUUACACACCCAAGAAGUCUGUGGUUUGAAAUGGUCAACCAGAGGCAACACAUUGGCAAGUGGUGGAAAUGACAAUCUCAUUUACAUAUGGGAAGCUUCCAAGAUGAGCUCAUCCCGUUUCUUGCACCGGUUCAAUGACCAUCGUGGGGCAGUCAAGGCUCUUGCAUGGUGCCCGUAUGACACUGAGGUACUUGCCUCUGGAGGAGGCACCAGGGAUGGGCGUAUUAAGAUAUGGAACAUACGAAAGGGUUUGUGUGUUAACAGCAUUGAUACCAAAGCGCAGAUUUGCGGACUUGAAUGGAACAUGCAUCAUAAGGAGAUUCUGAGUGGCCAUGGCUACAGUGCAGACGAGCAUAAAAACCAGUUAUGCUUGUGGAGGUACCCUUCCAUGUCUAAAGUAGGAGAGCUAAUGCGUCAUUCAUCCAGAGUCCUCCAACUUUCCCAGAGCCCAGAUGGAGUAACGGUAGUAUCAGCUGGGGCAGAUGAGACUCUUCGCUUCUGGGAGGUCUUUGGACCGCCACAGCCUGACAAUUCAAGGGUUUCAGAAUUGGAGAGCCUGCUGUCUUUGAAGACAUCUCCCAUUAGAUGAUGGAAAGCUAUCCGAGUUUCUUCAUCUUUUUUUGAUAGGUGGAGUUUCUUCGAUUUCUUGUAUCAAUUAUUGUACUAAAUUUUGAGAAUAGUCAUCUUCCCCGGCAACAUGUGCAAAGAUGUCAUAGAGGUGUCAAUUAGUAUACCAAUAUUGAUGUUCUGUCAUAGUAGUUUAGUGGGUAUUUCCUCAAGCGUCAAUCAAUAUAACACAAUAUUGAUGUCCUAAUAUAGUAAUCUAGUGGCAUUUCCUCAAGUCUCUCAAAUUGGAAGGUGAGGUUCAGGUUCCCAUGGAUGUGAGUUUUUUGCCAAGGAAAAAAAAAAGUUUAUGUCACACACAUGAUCACUAGGGCUUGAAUACAUGCACUCAAGCCAAUGCUUGAUGGUUCUGUGGCUCCAUCUUUUUGGAACAUAAUUCAUAGUU